AUGGACGUUUCUACUGCCACUCUCCAACCCUCUUGUUCUUUCCCACUAAGAGCCCCUAAAACCGCUACCAGAGACCGCGCUUCUUCUCUCUCUUUCGUCAGAACCUCGUAUAGAAGUAUUUCCCUAUCUUCCAAAAUCACCAAUGGUUGUCUCUUACCAGUUAAACAACCAGUCAGGCCUGUUGCUGCUGCUACCGUUGGUGAUACAACUGCAGUUCCAAACGAUUGUUCUAGUGCAGAAGAAUUGUCUAUUUCUGAUUCUUCUAACGCCACAUUGGUUGAAGAUGAAUCCAGAGGAAGUGGUGAAAAGGGGGAAGAGAAAGGUGGUGUGGGGGGCUUGGAUGACCACAAAAUGACCCGAGUAUGUGACAAGCUUAUUGAGGUUUUCUUGGUUGACAAGCCCACUCCAACUGACUGGAGAAGAUUAUUAGCUUUCAGUAAGGAAUGGGAUGAUAUCCGGCCUCAUUUCUAUAAGCGCUGUCAGGACCGGGCAGAUACUGAGGAUGAUCCUGGAAUGAAGCAUAAACUACUACGGCUUGGGCGGAAAUUGAAAGAGAUUGAUGAAGAUGUGCAAAGACAAGAUGAACUUCUUAAAGUCGUUAGAGGGGCUCCAUCAGAAAUUAGUGAAAUAGUUUCCAGACGUCGCAAAGAUUUUACACAAGAAUUCUUUGUGCAUGUUCACACUGUUGCUGAAUCCUAUUACGACAAUCCCACAGAGCAAAAUGGUGAGACUGUGUAA